AUGACUAUCAGUCAGGUCGUCUCCGACGAGUCGCUGCAGCCCGUGCUCAGCACCAGCGCCGAGACUCUCGCCCAAUGCCAUCAGUUGCUCUCCUUGUUGAACCCUGACGCCGUCCCGACCGACCCCGCCGCCAUCCACGAACUGUCCUUGGCCGCUUCUAAGCAACAGAAGGUCCUGUUUGCUCUACUUGCCCGGCUUCGGGGCCAGAAUCGAGAUGCCUGCUUUCGCGUACGGGACACCAAACAGGCCACCGCCGUGGCCCGCCAGGAAAUUGACCGGCUGCACCUCCAGCUGCAGAAUCUGUACUACGAGCAGAAGCAUCUGACGGGCGAGAUCGCCGCCUGCGAGGCCUACGACCACAAGUACUUCUCGCUGCCUCUGAUUCCCGUCGAAGAGUUCCUGGAACAGUUCCCCGAGCACCGGGAUACUGAUGAGCAUGAGCUGAUGAUUGCACGCAUCAACCACGAACAUGCUGAGCGCGAGAAGCUCGAGCAGGCACGCCAGGAGCUUCUCAAGCGCAAACAGGCCUUGAUCGCAGAGAACAAGAAGCGAAAGGACGAUCUCGCCAGCCUGGAUCAGGACCUGGAGAAGUUCAUCGAUGCGGCCAAACCGAUUCAGAAAAUCUUCGAGAAGGAAUACUAG